UACAAAUCUUUUGGAGUUUAUCUUUGAAAUUUAUAUACCCUUUGCUAUAUUAACAAUAUAUUCAAUUGUCUUUCUUCCACAUGUCAUCGACAAAGACUGAAUAUGCUCCUGUGGCUAACGGUAGUGCUGAUGUGCCCACCAAUGCCACUGUAGCUCCUGGCGACCGUAAACAGAAACUUGUCAGAAAGCAAACUCAAAGCAAAGCCUGGAAAAAGGCAUUGUGGCUCGCAGGUCAUUCUUCAGUUCUAGUAUUUGGUCUUACAUCCCUUGUUUUCCAAGUGUUUUGGCUUCCAAACAAGUAUUACAUCAAUUCUAUCUCGUACAGAUUGGCAUUGGUUGGUGCCAUGGCUGCUUUGUUCGCUACAUCGUCUCAUCGUUUUGGAAUGAAGAGUUUACCCCCAAUUACUACCUUGUUGGCUCAUCAAAACUUCCAAUAUUUGAUUCUUGCAGUAGCGUGGUGUUUGACUUUUAAGUCUAUUUUCAAACUCAUUCCUUACAUUUUGGUUUCACUUUUACAACUUUCAUCCUUCCAAAAGAUUAACGUAGUAUUGAAGCAACAAGAUUUCCUUAGCUCACUCAUUGCUUACGAUGAAUUGUUUCUUAUAAUCUAUUUAUUGGUACGUACCUUGUUUUUCCGUAACACUUCAGGUUAUCAAUUGGUUCUUUUCUUGGGAUUUUACUGGUUGAGAAUCUUGUAUAACAAGGAAACUGGUAACUUGUUCAUGGCAAUUAUUGGAAAGUUGGAUGGUAAAGUCUCUACUAUGAAGAAUCCAAAGAUUGUCAAGGCUUGGUCAAAGGCAAAGCAAUACCUUGAAACGAAAGAUAUUGACAACGAUUCAAAAAUGUAAGUUUUUUUAUACCGAAUGUUUGAA